AAAUAGUAGAAUUUCAAAAAAUAGUGGGUAGCUUAAUUGAACUUGUUGAUCAACUGGCAAAAGCUGCUGAAAGUGAGAAGAUGAAGGCCAUCGGUGCACGCAACUUGCUGAAGUCGAUGGCAAAGCAGAGAGAAGCUCAGGAACAACAGCUUCAGGCUUUAAUAGCUGAGAAGAAGAUGCAGCUGGAAAGGUACCGAAUAGAGUACGAGACACUCUGCAAAAUUGAAGCAGACCAGAACGAAUUCAUUGACCAAUUCAUUUUUCAGAAAUAG